AUUUUUUCGUGAGGGGAGCAUACUCAUGUUCCACUUGCCAAGUGGACUACACCAUCUGUCGCUACAAACUAAGUGCAUUUAUUUCUUCGUGACUCUUUCCCCCCACUACAGCCACUCAACCUGUUUUCGCGGAAGAAGCCCUUUUUUAUCAUUCUAGAAGAGCAGUCGUUCACAGCAUUGCCUCCUUGUCGUGCGUGGAGCAGUAGUUUCAGUUUGUUGGCGUUGUUUUUGCGGGGUUCCGUCAUCCUCAUCACAUUUCCAGUCGCGAAACAAUAAGCCCUUGAGGAACAAUGCAGCAACAGCUACGGCAGAGAAAGAAAAAUGAAAGGACAAAAUCAUGAAGACAGCACUUGCAUCGAACACAAAAGGCAAGAAGCCUCUGAAGUCCUAUUUCUUGCAUCAACAACAGAGCGUCAAGCUUCGUCGAUUUUGCGCUCCUGUCUUCUCCAUUUACAUCGAUCGUUUGUUAUUAUUUUCACUCAAGGUCCAGCUGCAGCUGCACACAAACUGAAACUUCUGCGCAACCAAGGAAGGAGGCGAAUUGGAGGGCGACUCGCUUUCUUGUUCAUAUUUUUUCUGCAAAGACUACUGAGUCGCAAAAUUAACGAAUUGUUACCAACCAGUUCGCUCAUCUCAACUACUUUUUUACUCGAAAAAAACUUCGUCUUUACCCAACACGUCUGCACUCACCCAAAAUAACGAGCUUCUAAUUUCUUUACCCAAGGAGAAGCACAUCAGAACAUCACUACGUACCAAAACAGCUGCAAGGAGAACCGGACGGAUUUGAAUAACGGGAAAAACCAAAACGUCAAGAAUUGGAAACGCAAAUAAAAAGCAGCAGGUAAGUAUAUUUUAUUAGACCUGAGUUAUCUUCUAAGAAAACUCGGGGCUAAGAGAAGAUAUAGCACUAUCGAUCCACAUACUUUUAUUUUCGACGGCAAUAAGCAAGCGUCGUACUCGUAGUUGUCUUUGCCGAACAACGAAGUCGAGCCUCGACUUGAUAGUCUUUGAGUGCAGUACUCCAACUUCUUCUUCUUCUUCUCCAUCUAUAUUUCAUUCUUCAAAACUCAAAUUGUGUUUCUCUUUUCUACAGGCUGCGCGACGACCUGCAUGCAGCAAAUUGACGGACAGCUCGUGCCUUAAGCAGAACAAAAAAAACUAUAGCGUAAAACUGUGCGGGAGAGGAACGGAAGGGCAAGAGCUUCUUUAUCU